AUGUUAUAUAUUUUUGGAAGUUUACUCAUAUCUCAUUUAGUCACUUGUGUAGUACUCACAUUUUAUCAACUUAAUGAUUCAAGAUUAAUUAAUACUAUAAUGCUUAGCUUUUAGUUCUUAAUGCUUGCUAUUCAUUUUAUAUAAAAAAUUAAAUAAAUUUAGAAUGAAAAAAUUUAGUUAAGUGUGAAAGUGUGCAUUAAAAUUAGUUUAUUAAUAAUAAUUUUCUAAAGAAAACAAAAUUUAGUUUAGAGUUUUUUAGCAGGUUCAUAUAUGCAAUAUUUAUUGAAAAAACAAUCAAUUGUUUUAAAAUUAAUAGAUGCUUUAAUAUGCAUGUUUUAUUUCAUAAUGUGGGGAGAGACAAAUGAGAAUACUAUAACUGGUACUUUGCUUUCACUUUUUAUGGUGUUAAAUAUUUGUAUGAAAUAUUACAUUUAAAAUAAAAAAGAAAAGGAAAGUGGAGGAUAAAUUUCAACUUCUAAGCUGCCUUCUCCAGGAUUAAUAAAAAAUUAAACCUCACCAAAUUAUUCAAGAAAAGCUAGUUUACAUGAGUAUUAAUCAGAACCAUCAUAAGAUCUUUAAAUAAAUGAUUUUGGAUGCAUGGAUUAAUAUUAAAAAAUAUUCAAUAUGUUCCCGGAUGGUAUUAUAAUGGUAAAUAUGAAAAAAUAAGUUAUUUUCAUUAAUAAACAUUUAAAAAAGAUGAUGGGAGGUAUGAACAAGAAGGCAGCCUUUUAUAAUCUUUUAUAAAUGAAAAAUGUUCAAUAAUAAAUUAAUGAAUUAGAAAGGAUUAACUCAUUAUUUUAAGAACAAUAAAUCAUUCUAAAUGAAUAAGAAUUUGAUAAUAAAACUUAUUUUAAAAAAAGCACUUUUGAUGAAUCUCGAUUUGAUGAUUAAUCAGAAUUAAAAUCAUCCUAUUCGUUUUAAUAAUUCGAAACUGUGAAAAAAUUACUUGAUCAUUUAAUAGAAAAUCCAAAAGAAAAAAAUGGAGUUAUCAAAAUGUUAUGUUAAUUUCCUUAAAAUGAGAAAUCACUAUUUUAAGUAAGUUUUAAAAGGUUUGAAAAUAAAAAAUCUGAAUUUAUCUUAUUGAUUGUAACUGAUAUGACUUCAAUGAAUCUAGUAACUUUUCUAUAAAGAGUUAUUACAGAUAAAUCUAAUUUCUUAAGUACAGUUGUACAUGAAUUUAGAACUCCACUUUAAUCGAUUAAGUUGAUGGUCUAAUAAAUUUAACCUAUGUGUAGUGAAGAAAUGGUUUAAAAGUAUUUAUUGCCUAUGCUAAGUUAAUUAGAUUGUUUUACUAAUUUAAUCCAAGAUUUGUUAGAUGUAUCAGUAUUAAAUGUAGGAAAAUUUAAAUUAGAUAUACAAUAAUUAAAUCUACAUCAUUUGAUAACAGAAACCUACAAUAUUAUGGUUGUUUAAGCAUAUGCUAAAAAUAAUGAUUUAGUAAUCAAUCUAUAAGGAAUUCCUGAGAAAAUAUGCUCAGAUCCUUACAAGAUACGAUAAAUCUUAAUUAAUUUGUUAGGGAAUGCUGUCAAAUUUACUUAUAAUGGAAUUAUUACAAUUUCAGGUAGAUCAAUUAAUAAAUCAGUAGAAAUAACAGUGUCUGACACAGGUUUAGGUAUAACUGCAGCAAAUCAAAACAAAUUAUUCACUGCCUUUGGAAAGUUGGAUGAUCCAACCAAUUCAAAUCCAUAAGGAAUAGGAUUAGGAUUGAUGAUAAGUAAUGUUUUAGCAAGAAAGUUAUCUUAUGAUUAAAAAGGUUUAUCAGCUGUGUCAGAAGGAGAAGGCAAAGGAUCUAAGUUUUCGUUUUAGGUUUAUGAUCACUCCUUUAAUGAAGAUAAAUAAAAGUAUUAAUAGGAAUCAGUAGUUCGUUAAUAAAGAGAAUAUUUUUAAGCACCAUUAAAUUAGAUAAAAUAAUGUGAUAGCUUUAGAAUGAGUGGAUUAGAAUUAAGUUAAUAUUCUAGAUGCUAAUGUCCUGAAAUCUUAAUUGUUGAUGAUUAGCCUUUCAUCUUAUAAAUGCUUAAGAUUUAACUUGAAUAAUCAGGUUAUAGAGUUAAUUUAGCAUUUAGUGGAUUUGAAUGUAUUAAGAAAAUUGAGUAAUUUUAACAUGGACCUAGUUGUGCAUGUAAAAAUUACAAAAUUGUGAUUCUUGAUAUUGAUUUACCUAACUUAAAUGGAAUUGAGACUUGCAAAAGACUGAUAAGUAUGGGAUUUAAUGGUUAUAUUUUGGGACAUAGUGGCUAUUCAGGUGGUUAAGAAGAAGAAGAAUGUUUGAAAGCUGGAAUGGUUGGAUACUUCGUUAAGCCUUUAGACAUUGCCAAAUUGCAAUAAUGGUUAGAAUAAAAUAGAAUUAUGCUUUGA